AUGCAAAGCUUUCUGAAGGAACACACCGCUUACGAUGUUCUGCCCGUCAGCUAUCGUCUUGUCGUGUUUGAUACUCGACUACUCGUCAAAAAGGCAUUGGAAUCCCUCGUUCAGAACGGCAUUGUGUCGGCACCUCUUUGGUCCAGCGAAGAACAAAAGUUUGCGGGUAUGCUCACGGUAGCCGAUUUCAUCAAUCUUAUUCAGUACUACUAUACCCACAGCUCCGUCGACGAAGCAUUACGGGAAAUUGAAAAGUUCGAAUUGGGUCAUCUGCGGAAUGUCGAACGACAAGUAGGAGCACCCGCACCCCAAAUGCUGUCGAUGGAUCCCAUGGUCACACUGUAUGAUGCUUGUCGUAUGCUGGCAGAAAGUCGAGCGCAUCGUGUACCGCUUCUAGAUCGCGAAUCGGAAACCGGUCCAGAAAUGAUCGUCAGCGUUAUUACACAGUAUCGUCUUUUGAAAUUCAUUGCCGUCAACUUCAAACACACUCGAGUAUUACGACAACCGUUAUCGGAGCUCAAGAUCGGAACUUAUGAACACAUUGCUACGGCACACAUGUCCACGCCCGUGAUACAAGUCAUCAAUAUGUUUGUCGAUCAAAAUAUUAGUGCCGUACCAAUUGUUGAUGAGGAUGGUGUUGUUCUGAAUGUGUAUGAGACGAUCGAUGUCAUGAGUAUAGCAAGGGCUGGAAGGUAUCAUGAAUUAGAUAUUGCGGUAGGGGAAGCCAUGCAAGCGCGUCCAAAGGAGUAUCCUGGCGUUCACACCUGCACGUUGAAUGAUACGUUAUACUCUAUUUUCCGUACCAUUCGAAAACAACGAGUGUAUCGCCUAAUAGUAGUGGAUCAGGACAAUCGACUUAUCGGAAUUGUCAGCUUGUCCAACAUUCUGGGCUAUCUUGUGGGUUACAAGGGCUAA